UCUCGUUCCAAUAAGAUAUUUACAAAAAAAAAAGGAAAAGAAAAAGAAAACGGAGAAAGAAAAUAUCGGUUUGGCUUUCACACGAAGGAAACAGUAAACAAGCUUCUCACAGUUCGUGCAUACUCAGAUCGGUUAGGGUUAGGGUUCGUUGAUUCUCUUUGGGAUUACGGGAGCUAGAGAUCUCCUUGGGGUAUUACUUAUUAGGGUUUCUUGUUCAUAUGGCGGAUCGCGGAUCUUUUGGAUUUAUUAGCCCUCCUCGAUUAGGAAUCGCAGAUAUGGAACAGUUGUUAUCGGAAGCUCAACACAGGUGGCUGAGGCCUGCUGAGAUUUGUGAAAUCCUUCGGAACUAUCACAAGUUUCAUAUUGCAACUGAGUCUCCCACCCGACCAGCCAGUGGUUCGCUCUUUCUUUUUGAUAGGAAGGUGCUUAGAUACUUUAGGAAAGACGGACAUAACUGGAGGAAGAAGAAGGAUGGGAAAACGAUUAAAGAAGCUCAUGAGAAGCUCAAGGUAGGAAGCAUUGAUGUGCUACAUUGUUACUAUGCACAUGGGGAAGGCAACGAGAAUUUUCAGAGACGAUGCUACUGGAUGCUUGAACAAGAAUUGAUGCAUAUUGUUUUUGUGCACUACUUGGAAGUUAAGGGAAGCCGGACAAGUAUAGGAAUGAAAGAAAACAAUUCAAAUUCUCUAAGCGGCUCAGUUUCAGUGAAUAUUGAUUCAGCAGCAAGCCCCACGAGCAGAUUGUCAUCAUAUUGUGAAGAUGCUGAUUCCGGUGAUAGUCAUCAAUCAAGCUCUGUCUUGCAAGCAUCUCCUGAACCUCAAACUGGAAAUCACAAUGGUUGGACAUCGGCUCCUGGCAUGCGUAGUGAUUCCCAGAGAUUAUUUGAUGUCCAAGCGUGGGAUGCCGUCGGGAAUUUAGUGACAAGGUAUGAUCAACCUUGCAACAAUUUGUUGGUGGAAGAGCGUACAGACAAAGGUGGAAUGUUAGCAGCAGAGCAUCUCAGAAGUCCUCUUCAAACCCAACUAAAUUGGCAGAUUCCAGCUCAGGAUGAUCUACCAUUGCCAAAAUGGCAUCUGGCUCCACAUUCUGGAAUGGCUGAUGACACUGAUCUGGCGUUAUUCGAGCAAAGUGCACAAGACAAUUUUGAGAGUUUUUCCAGUCUCCUUGACAUUGAACAUCUGCAAUCUGAUGGGAUUCCUCCUUCAAAUAUGGAAACUGAAUUUAUACCUGUAAAGAAAUCCUUGUUGAGACACGAAGAUAGUUUGAAAAAGGUUGAUAGUUUUUCUCGGUGGGCUAGUAAAGAACUAGGCGAGAUGGAGGAUUUGCAGAUGCAGUCUUCGCGUGGAGAUAUUGCAUGGACCACUGUUGAUUGUGAAACUGCAGCAGCUGGGCUCGCCUUUAGCCCUUCUCUCUCCGAGGACCAGCGUUUCACCAUAGUUGAUUAUUGGCCAAAAUGCGCACAGACUGAUGCUGAAGUUGAGGUCUUGGUUAUUGGGACGUUUCUUCUUAGUCCUCAAGAAGUAACUAUAUGUAGCUGGUCAUGUAUGUUUGGUGAAGUGGAGGUUCCUGCUGAGAUUCUAGUAGACGGUGUUCUUUGCUGUCAUGCUCCACCGCAUACAGCUGGUCAAGUGCCUUUUUAUGUUACCUGUUCAAACAGAUUUGCUUGCAGUGAAUUACGAGAAUUUGAAUUCCUUUCUGGUUCUACCAAAAAGAUCGACGCCGCUGAUAUUUAUGGUUAUUCUUCAAAAGAAACAUCACUUCAGCUGCGGUUCGAGAAGCUGCUUGCUCAUAGAGAUUUUGUUCAAGAACACCAAAUAUUUGAAGAUGUUGUGGAGAAACGAAGAAAAAUCAGUAGCAUCAUGUUGCUAAAUGAGGAAAAAGAGUAUCUCUUCCCAGGGAUGUAUGAGAGAGACUCAACCAAACAAGAACCAAAAGAACGGGUUUUCAGGGAACAGUUUGAGGAUGAACUAUAUAUAUGGCUCAUCCAUAAAGUGACUGAAGGGGGUAAGGGACCAAACUUGCUGGAUGAAGGCGGACAGGGUGUUUUACACUUUGUUGCAGCGCUUGGGUAUGACUGGGCUAUCAAACCGAUUUUAGCAGCAGGAGUUAAUAUUAACUUCCGUGAUUCAAAUGGGUGGUCCGCCCUUCACUGGGCUGCGUUUAGUGGCAGGGAGGAAACUGUCGCUGUACUUGUCUCUCUAGGUGCUGAUGCUGGGGCAUUGACGGAUCCAUCUCCAGAGCUUCCAUUGGGAAAAACAGCUGCUGAUUUGGCUUACGGAAAGGAACACAGGGGGAUCUCAGGUUUUCUUGCAGAGUCUUCCUUAACUAGUUAUCUUGAAAAGCUAACGAUGGUGUCAAAGGAAAACAGCCCUGCCAAUUCUUCUGGAUCAAAAGCUGUUCAGACAGUCUCCGAGAGAACCGCUGCUCCUAUGAGCUAUGGUGACGUGCCAGAAAAACUUUCCAUGAAGGAUUCACUUACGGCUGUCCGUAAUGCGACACAAGCAGCUAAUCGUCUUCAUCAAGUAUUCAGGAUGCAAUCUUUCCAGCGGAAACAGCUGUCUGGAUUUGACGAUGAUGAUGACGAGCUCGGUAUCUCCAACGAGUUAGCAGUUUCUUUUGCAGCUUCUAAAACUAAGAAUCCAGGACAGAGUGAAGUCUUUGCUCAUUCUGCUGCUACCCACAUCCAGAAAAAAUACCGUGGCUGGAAGAAGAGGAAAGAGUUUCUUUUAAUCCGACAAAGAGUCGUUAAGAUUCAGGCUCAUGUUAGAGGACAUCAGGUCCGGAAACAAUACAAACCAAUCGUCUGGUCUGUGGGAUUACUAGAGAAAAUCAUUUUGCGAUGGAGACGCAAGGGUACUGGAUUGAGAGGGUUCAAACGCAAUGUAGUCCCCAAAACCGUUGAACCAGAGCCACUAAGCCCUAUGAUUCCAAAGGAGGAUGACUAUGAUUUUCUAGAAAAGGGAAGAAAACAAACGGAGGAAAGGCUUCAAAAGGCUCUCACACGGGUUAAGUCGAUGGUUCAAUACCCAGAAGCACGUGAUCAAUACCGUAGACUCCUCACCGUUGUCGAGGGCUUCCGUGAAAACGAGGCUUCAUCAAGUUUAUCUAUAAACAACAGAGAGGAGGGACUCGUCAACUGUGAAGAAGACGAUUUAAUCGACAUCGAGUCUAUUUUGAACGAUGACAUUUUGAUGUCUACUUCUCCUUGAAUGACUCGUUUGUGUAUUCAUUUUCAUUCUUUCGACUUUCUAACUUUUUGCACCUUUUCUCUGUAAAUACCAUAAGUUGAUAAUACCAUUUUAUUAAUUGAA